AUGCCAAUUGACAAAAAUUGUGAAGGUUUUGCUGAUCUCUUGCUUGAUGUUUUGAAAACAGACGAUGUCGAAAUUGCGGCUAGUUCUCACUCUUCGUCUUUCUCCUUUGAGGAUGAAAAUAGUAAGAUAGCAUUGGCAUGGGAAAAUGUCUCAUUUACGAUUCCUGGUAAAAAAGGUAAAGAAGAUCGAGAAAUUCUUUCAAAUGUUUUUGGACAUGUUGAGCCGGGCCAAAUUAUUGCAAUAAUGGGACAGUCUGGUUCAGGAAAGACGUCUCUUUUGAACAUCCUUUCUGGUCGAGUUACUUCUGGUAAAAUCUCCGGAAAAGUACUGGUUAAUGGCGAGCCGAGAGAACAUUCAUCAUGGAAAGAAUCCGUUGGAUUUGUCGAGCAAGAAGACGUUAUGUAUAGAACCCUUACUGUCAGGGAAACCAUUAAAUAUGCUGCCCUUCUUAGACUUUCAAGUGGAAUUCCAAAAAAAAGGAAAUUGGCUUAUGUGGACAAGGUGAUCUCCGAAUUGGGACUGGAAGUUUGUGCAGAUACAAUAAUUGGAGAUGAAAACACGCGUGGUAUUUCUGGAGGAGAGCGGAAACGCCUUGCCAUUGGAGUUGAAACGGUCACUAGACCUGCUUUGCUUUUUUUGGACGAACCAACUUCAGGGCUAGACGCGUUUACUGCCUACAGCCUUAUCGAGUCACUACAUAAAACUACCAGGUCUCUAUCUCCAAUUAUUGUAU